AUGGCAAAAUAAGAUGCAAAAAAUAAUAAAAGAGAUCGCAGCCCAGUUGCAGUAAUCAAAUUUUAUAAUAUAGGAAAUGAAAAUUUGGUAAGAAGCAGUCAGAAAAGAGAAUUAACACUUAAAAGUUUAUGAGCAUUUUACUAUCAAUCCAUAAAAAUGUAUGUGCAACUGUUAACUCUAAAAUUAGUAUAUAUUAUCCAAGAGAAACCUAACAAUAGUAUUAUGUUGUAGAAGCAUCUUGAAAAGACAGGAGCAAUUACAAAACCUGCAUUUGAUGUUAAUUAAAUUACUGAUGACUCUCCUCCUUUAGAAAGUAAUGGAAAAUCAAUAUUUUAGAGGAAAUUAUUGAUAAAUUAAAUACAAUGAAUAGAACUCCUCGUUAGAAAUACUAAUUUCCACAAACUUCUAAUUAAGAGCUUGGAUGGCAUUCUAAUGUAUAAUUUAUUAUUUAGAACUCUCAUAGCCUUUCUCCAUCAAAAUUUACAUAUCCUAGAAAAUUGUGUAAAGAAACAAAUUACGCAAAUGAUUAUUUCACUAUGAAUAAAAUCAGUCCUUAUUCCAAUAAAUUUAAGUGA